AUGGCAGAUAUUUCAGUUAAUCAGAACGAAAGAGGGAUGCUGCUGUCGGCGCUGAACAUGGCGCUAAACAACUUUCCUGAAGCCCCAGGCAACGUGUCAAUGUCGUUUGAAACAGAAUCUAUUUCAGAACUGAACUUCAAUCAUAGCUACAUCAGCGGUCUGCUCGACUAUUUCAAAAUCAAGUUGCAGUCGUCGCCGCACGUGAAAGAAAAGUGUCGUAUUGAGACAGAUAAGUCGGAGGACCUUGCAAUUAGUAUGACAGUAUCAGCAUCGUUUGCCUUUUCAUGGAAUCGAACGAAUGAUCCACGUGAAGUAGCGAUAUCGGAGAAUCCUCUAGCAUGGAGAUCAUUGGAGUCCCAGCAGCUGACUGAGACUAAUAACCAAAGUCCCCGAAUCAGAAAUAAGCUCUUUGGCGAAAACCACCCUAUUCCAUUGCUGGGUAGCUCCACUUCUCCUUUGGAUAAAAUGGAUCUUACAUCAGCUGGCCACAGCUGCGUGAAGGCCUGA